AUGUCUGUUCUGAAAGGAUUCAUCGGCUCGUUGAAAGACUGCCUGAGCCCCGAGAUCCACGGGAGACUCCAGGCGGCUCUGCAGAAGGCCGGGAAGGUACCCGACAAGACGGACGGUACCAAAGACGAUGAGACAGACGACCAGACAGACGACCAGACAGACGACCAGACAGAUGACGAGACAGAUGGCCAGACAGAUGGCCAGACAGAUGGCCAGACAGAUGGCCCCAGCCCCAAUCCGUCCGACAUUUCCGAGCUCAUUGACGCCGUCCUCAGCCGUGGCAAUGUCCCGACACAAGACGUUACCACACUUCGCCUUGUCCAAGUCCUCGUCGACAAGAGCGAGGAACGGUUACAGGUGCCGUCAUGGGCCAUCACCAAGAUGGGGAAGACCAUGUCCAGAGACUCGCUCGUCUCGCUCGUCUUUCCUCGGGAGAAGCUGGACUCGUACUUCCCAGAGCCCGAUGCCCCCAUUUCCCCUGGCGUGACCAAGGCCGGCGUGGAGGCCCUGCGCCGGCGCACCUGGGCCGCCGAGCCGAUGCUGGUCAUGAGCCUCCUCCUGCGCGAGCAAAAGUGGCCCGUCAUAAAGCUACCAAAGUACGAGCGGGUCCCCGCCAGGACGGCCGGCCUCGCCGCGCGCCUGCUGCAGGUGCUGAGCCGAGACGCUAGCCUCAACAUCGCGGGAGGGACGGCCGUGGAGGGCGAGAUCCUCGCGGGCCUCAAAGCCAAGAUCGACAAGGACAAUAAAGAGGCCGCGGAAGCAGGCAAGAAGGGCAAGGCGAUUGCGCAGCCGAGCGAGAAGGAGUUCCGGGAGCUGCUGGAGUUCGUCCGCUGCAUCACGUGUCUCGUACCUCUUGUCCAGGAGCCCGAGGAUGUGCUGCGACUCUGGGUGUCCAAGUACCGCAGCGCCCGGCGCGUGGCGAGCGAAUUUCUCCAAGGCGACUUCGUGAAAAAGAUGGUCGGGGCCGGGUCCCUGCGGCAGAACGCCGCAGCCAUCCACACAACCGCCCGCAGGAUCGACUGCUGGAACGAGCAGCUCUGGCUGAAUCUCAUGAACGCGCAGAGGAAGGAUGGCGUCCCGAUCGAGCCCCGAAAAGCAGGCGAAAACUCUGGAGUUCCGGCCAAGAGCUCGCGCGCCAUGAUGAAUCUGACCGACAUAUUCCGCCUCGAGGACGCCUCCUGCGAGGCGUGCUGCUCCGUCACGAGCCUGUCGGCCUACUUUGCCGACCUCAUGUCCUUCCUCGAGGGCAAGAGCGUCCCGGGCUCGGCAAAGUCGCUCCUGGACCUCCUGACGGAGCGCAGGCCGGACCUGCGGGAGCUCGAGCUCAGCUGCGCCAACGCCAUGACGCUGAUCCCCUACAUCAGCCUCGUGACGGAGACGCUCGAGUCCUUUGUGCGGUACGUCAGCGUUCCGGGCGCCUUCGACAAGGUGCCCACGGGGGUGGCGCCGCCCAUUCGCAUCGCCGCGCACAACACGUCCCGGGAGGACGCCGAGGCCGUAGAGCUCGCCGCCGACGGGACGCACGCGCCCGUCCACGAGCCCGGCAACACCGACGUCGAGCUGUACAGCAAGAUCAUCUCCCAGCAGAUGUUCCCCUUCAACCACUUCCCCUACAACCAGGGGCACGACACGGCCGUCCAGAUCCUCGGCUCGUUCGGGAUCAAGAUGGACGAACUGAGCGAGGUGUUUGCGGCCCCCCACAAGGUCCUCCUCGACUUGGCCGUCACCAAGCCUCCCGCCGACGAGACGGCCAGGAGGGGGCUGCAGAGGGGUGUCGGCGAGGUGCUCGAGAGGCACCAGGCCGCCGAGCAGCUCCGCAUGAACCAGUCAGAGUUUACAGCGGUGACUGGAGAGACCUUCUUUCCAGGCUGGUUCGCCGACCUGGCCACGGGCCUGGCCACCAAGCCCCCUGGUAUCGCCAGAGGAUGUCCCUGGGCCGUCGAGGCCCUCUGGGGAUACAAGGAUCUCGAGGCCAUGCAGGACCGCGAGCAGGGGCUCGGCCUCUCCUUCAUCAAAAGGCAGCUUAUGCCCCGCGCCGGCAUCGAGUUCCAGGACGUCCUCGACCUGACCAAGACGCAGUGCUUCGGCCAGGACCUCGUCAUCGUCAGCCGGGACGGGUCCAAGACCUUCGACGGCACGCUCGAGAACCUGCGCCUGCUCUCGGGCGCGUCCUCGCCGCCCUUCACCGCCGUCGGCCCGGACGUGGCCUUCCGGCUGCAGGCCUUCCUGCGCCUCAAGGCCAAGCUCGGCUGGACCGCCAAGGAGCUCGACGCGGCCGUGUACUCGCUGCGCCGCCUCGAACUGGACAGCUCGCCCGGCUGGAAGGGUGACAGGGGCAUCUUUUCCAUCUCGCCCUUUGUGGUCAAGUCCAUCGCGGCCCUGGUCAAGCUCGGGAGCCUGCUGGGAGUGCACCCAGCGACCUUGCUGCCCCUCUGGGGCGACCUGGACGCCUUUCGGGAAAAUUCGGCCGUCUUCCGGCUGCUUUCCAGAUCGAUGGUCUCCACGUUGUUUCCGGCGCUGGUCAGCAACGAGGGCGCCAACAGCAAGCAGCCGUUCACGGUGCACACCGGGGCCAGCGAGUUCUGUCGGGCGCUCAAGUGGCCCGUUGAGCUGUUUGACGACCUGGCAGCAGCUGCCGGUAUCAAGGGUGAAGCACAGGAAGGCGCUCUGGAUGUGCCGACCUUCUCCAAGCUGUACCGCUACCGACUGCUGUGCUCGCUGCUUGACAUCAACCCCAAAGACGCCGCGACCUUCUUUUGCAUCUUCCUCGACCGCGGCCCCGGCAAGGAUCAUCCACUGCAGCACCCAAGCGCCAUGCUUGCUGCCGUGAGGGACUGGAAGGUCCUGGCGGACUCUGGCUGGACGGUCCAGUCACUGGUCGCAGUGCUGGAGGGCCCAGAGGCAGUAAAGCCCCACGAGCACGCACCAUCCAGCGGCCCCCGCCAGGGGUUCGCCCUGCUCUCGGCCAUCACCAAGGGCGGGCUCGAGAUGCGCAAGGCGCUCCCGCUGCUGUACGCCGAGCGCCAGGCUCACGGGCAGGUCAGCGCGGAGCAGGCCGCGAGCUGCAUCGCGCAGGUUUUCGACGCGGAAACGAGCCGGGACGUGGUCGAGUUCAUCGAGGGGCGGCGGGAGUGCAGCGAGGCCAUGUCCUUCGCGAACCUGGAAGGCCUUCAACAAGUCCUCAAGCUGGCAAAGACGUUCCCAGAGAAGGUGGCCAUCACUGUGGGGGGCAAAGGAACCGACGGCUCUUUCCAGGCCCAGCUUCGGCUCACUGGUCGGCUCUUGUCAGCUGAGCGUGCGGCGCUUGACGACAUAGUCACCACGAUCCCCAGUCUGAAAGAAGCAGUCGAGAUACUCCACAAGCGAUCCACCCAGCCAUGCGAGCCCAUCCGGAGACGCUUCAGCCCGUCCGAAGACCAGAUCGCACGGUCGCCCGCGCUGAAAUACCUGCUCCAGGGCCAGGAGCCUCCGGAGAACUUUGGCAAUGACGCCUCCAUCGACUGCAGCCGCUUGGCCUUUGUCGAGAUGGCCAGGCCGGUCAUUGUCCACGAAUACCUCGAAGAAGUCAUCGUCAAAGCCUGCAAGGAGCUGAUCCCAGACCUCGAGGCCAGCAUGGUCUCGGUGCUGCUGACCAAAAUCGUCAAGGUCAACGCCGCCGGCUCAGGGGCCACUCAGGAGACGCCGCUCACAAUGUUGCAAGCACUGGCUGAUCCGGGUCCGGAUGGCAACGGCCAAGACGUGAGAGCAGAGACGGACGUCUUUUUCGUCCCUCCAGCCGCAGGCGCGUACACCUUCAGCCGUAGUACCGACUCCGCAGCAAAGGAUUCGACGCCCAAGCUCGAGAUCAACGGCAUCGAGCUGCCGUUCGACAGCGAAAAGAAGACGUGGUCCUCGUAUUCGCUGAGCGCAGGACACCCCCACCGCCUGACCGGGAGCCUCGCUGUCCGAGAGCUGCUCUGGACGACGCCCAAGUCGCCGGUUCCCCGGGCUCUCCCCAUGGAGUUCGUCACCCCCGCGGCCAAGUCGCUAAAGGUCGCCGGCAUCCAGCAGGCCAUCGUCCGGGUAGGCCAAGUCUGCGCAGAGAUGGGCCUGUCCGCCGACGAGAUCGAGGCGCUGCAGAAAGGGCUCCCGACCAGCAACCGUAUCCUCUCUCUGGACUUCAACAAGCCCACCAUGAACGAUCUUGUCAAGCUGAAGAAGUAUCGCGAUCUCUGCGAGGCCGUAGCGCGGAGGAUGAAGCCCGUGCCCGAGGAGUCUAACCGUAUCAUCGACCUUUUCGCGUGGCUAUCAAGAGUCCCCAAAACAGUCGCCACCGGGGAAAUUACCGAGAAGAUCAGUUUAUGCACCGGGUGGGAGAGCGACCGGCUUCUCGAAGCCAUGACGCAAAAGUUCCCAACGACCGGCAGCGGAGGUCAUGCCCCGAUCCCGAUCCGGGGCCUGGACGAUAUCCUGGAGAUCCGAGACAUCAUGGACCUCGACUCGCGGCUCUCGCGAGCGGCCGGCCGCGAUUUUGGCAUCUCAAUGUCGACGCUGUUCCGCCUCGCCCAGCCGAGCGCGGCGCUCACCCCGCAGCGCCAGGACGAGCAGGCCAUCGCGAGCCUCCAGUCGCGCCUCUCGUCCGCGCAGCGCGCCAGUGCGAACGCGGGCCUGAUGGAGAACCGGCGGUCGGCGCUGCUGGCGUACCUGCUGCAGCACGACGUGGUCAGGGACAAGUUCGGCAUCGAGGACGCCGACGGGCUCUUCCAGCACCUCCUCAUCGACGUGCAGAUGGGCCCGCAGCUGCAGACGUCGCGCAUCAAGCUCGCCAUCGGCAUCAUCCAGCUCUUCGUGCAGCGGUGCCUCAUGGGCGAGGAGAAGGCCGUGCCCAAGGGCGCGCUGCGGCGCGAGGACUGGCAGUGGCGGUCGCAGCACGACAUCUGGGAGGCGCACCGCAAGCUGUUCCUGUACCCGGAGAACUGGCUGGACGCGAGCCUGCGCGACGACAAGAGCCCGCUCUUCGACGAGCUGGAGGCGAGCCUGAUGCAAAAGGGGCUGAGCAUGGAGACGUUUGCCGACUCCAUCAAGGCCUACAUCUGCAGCCUCAACGACAUCUCGACGCUCGAGAUCGUGGCCUACGUGCACGACAACCAGGCCGGGACCGCCGCCGCAGACACGUUCCACAUCUUUGGGCGCACGCGGUCCUCCCCCUACACCUUCUACUACCGCAGCCUCACCGUCAACUACAAGCCCUACGGGCGCUUCUGGCGGCCGUGGGUCAAGAUGGACAUGGACAUACCCUCGACCGAGACCGAGUGGCAGGGUAAGCGGGUGACCACGACGGGGACGUACCUCGUGCCCGUCGUCGACGGCUCGCGCGUCUACGUCUUUAUGCCGCAGCUUCUGGCAAAGACGCUGGCGAGCGACAAGAGCAUGAGCGUCUUCAAGUCGGCCAAGCUCGAGACGCUGCGCGAAUACGACGCCGCCGACUCGCAGCCGACGCGCACCUGGGAGCUCAGCAUGGGCUGGACCGAGUUCGUCCGGGGCUCCUGGGCGGCCAAGCGCAUGUGCUCGACCACUCUCACAGUCGAGGGCCCCGGGCUCCCCGACGUGACCGACUUCCUGUUCGAGCCCGUCUUCAACCACAACCCGGGCCAGAAGAAGCUGACGUUGUUGGUCAGCCACAAGUCCAAGGACGUCACGGUGGAGGCCUCGCGCGGGAAGCUGGUCGGCAUCUUCUUCUUCUCCGAUGACCAGAUGCGCGCCGACGCCGACGCCGACGCGCUCCUGGGCUACGUCCCGAGCCGCUGGCCGCUCUACAUCGAGGCAGCCGCCGACUCCUCCUCCGAGAGCAAGAAGGCAGCAGACGGCAGCACGAAGCGCCGCCGCAGGCCGCUCAGCAUCGCGUUCCAAAAGGUCACGGCCGCGAAGCUGGGGGCAGACGACUCCAUCGCGUCCAUGCGGGAGGGCGUGCGCAAGGAGCUCGACGAGCUGUACGGCAAGAACAACGAGAAGGGAGGGAGGCCCGUCCUCUUCGUCCCGUCGGCGCUCGACAAGGUGGUCGCGUCGGCGGGCCCGGCGCGGCAGAUCCAGUCGGUGAGCUGGGCCAUGUCGUACAGCGACACGACGGCGCCGCUCGGCCUCGCGCUGAGCUCGCAGCGGCCCGACGGCACCAGCGCCAGCUACUUCAUGGUGCCCAGGUCGGAGGUGAAGGGGGCCGCGCGGUGGCAGCCCGGCGUGCUUGACAAGAUGACGUCCAUGACGCUCGUCGACCACGGCUUCUCGGCCGCGCUCAUGCAAAAGGCCGCCCCGCGCGAGGACCCCCUGAAGCGCGUGUUUGAGUACCUGGGCGGCAAAGAGCCCCAGGGCACCUGGGAGAGCUUCGGUCGCUACGACUGGGGGCCGAGUGCGCUGCAGAGAACCGAGAGGCAGCAGGUGCGGCACCACGAGCUCGCGCAGCCCAUGUCCAUCUACGACUGGGAGAUUGGACUGCACUCGGUGCUGCUGGCCGUCGAGCGCCUGUACGCCACGCAGCAGUACGACGAGGCCCUCGAGGUGGCCCGUCUCGUCUUUGACCCUACUGUUGACAUUGAGGUGUGGCGCCCCGUGGAGGUCGAGCAAAAGGUAAAAGAGGGCAAGAAGGAGGCCGCCGAGAAGGACAAGGGGACGGGCGACCAGACGGUAGCAGCAGAGACCAAGAAGGAGGCCGAAAAGGACAAGGGGACGGGCGACGACAAGGCAGUAACCAAGCCCAAGAAGGAAACGGUCACGGUCGUGCAGAAGCAAAACUUCACCUCGUGCUGGAGGUUCCCUCCCUUCCAGGACAUCGCGCGCCGCAUCGCCGAGGACGGCAAGGACGAGACGCUGGACCUGGACUCGGCCAUGCCGACCGACAUCAGCAUGGCGCUGCUGGAGCGGCAGUCGCACGGGGCGCUGGUGCACGCGUCGGCGCGGGGCCAGCCGCAGGCCUACAUGAAGUGGAUCGUCAUGAAGUACGCCGAGAUCCUGCUGGCGUCGGGCGACGCGCACUUCCGGCGCGGGACCAUGGAGAGCCUCCCGCUCGCGACGCAGCGCUACAUCGAGGCCCAGCACGUGCUGGGACCGGCGCCGCUGAGGGUGCCGCGGCUCGUGUCCAAGCAGAAGGCAAGGGUGCUCAAGUACGAGACGUACGCGACGCUGUCCGAGAAGGAGAUCGAGAACGAGCUCGGGCUGCCCUUCUCGGCCGAGCUGGUGCGCGCCGGCGCCGCCGAGGCCAUGAAGGAGCCCGCGGGCGUGACGGACGCCGACAGAGGGUCGCUCGGGAUCCUCAAGACGGCCUACUUUUGCGUGCCGCUGAACCCAAAGUUCCGGGACCUCCGCAACACGGUCGGCACGCGGCUGUACAACAUCCGCAACUCGCUCGACAUCGACGGCCGCCCCGUCACUUACGCGCUCGUCGACCCGCCCAUCGACCCGGGCGCGCUCGUGGCCAUGAGCAAGGCCGGGCUGGGCAUGUCGGCCGCGCUCGACGCCCUGGCGGCCGAGGCGGUCGGGCCGCUGCCGCGCCAGCGGUUCGACGCGCUGCUUAAGCGCGCGCAGGACCUCGUCUCGGAGCUGCGGUCGUUUGGCGACCGGCUCGUGUCGGCCAUCGAGCGCAAGGAGGCCGAGGCCCUGACGGCGCUGCAGGCGCGGGACGCGACGUCGGUCGCCCGGGCGGUGCUCGAGCUGAAGCAGCUCGGCGUCACCGAGGCGGAGGAGACGCUCAAGUCGCUGGAGCAAGGGCGCAAGUCGCAGGUGGCGCAGCUCAAGUUCCACCUCAAGCUCAUCGGGGAGGACGCGACGAAAAAGGUGCCGUCGGCCAAGGACGAGUGGGUCGACAUCGACCAGGACGUGGACACGCCGACGACCGACGACCUGCGCAUGUCGCCGUACGAAAAGUCCGAGAUGGACAUGAAGCUGGCGGCGGGCGUGCUCGGCCUCGUGGCCGGCGGCUUGAAAUCCCUCGUCGCGCCGCUCUGCGCCGUCCCCAAGGUCGAGACCAACGUCUCGCCCCUGGGCGUGGGCGCCUCGGUGGCCACCAAGGGCACCGACUGGGCCGACGCCAUCAAGGGCGGCGCCGCCGUCAUCCAGUUCGCCGCCAACGUCACCAAGGAGAAGGGCGAGCUGGCUGCGCGAAAGGGCGCCCUCACCCAGCAGCUGCAGCAGCGCCGCCUGCAGGCCAACACGCUGGGCCGCGAGGUCAAGGCCACCGACAAGCAGAUCGAAAUCCAGCGCCUGCGCGUCCAGGCCGCCACCAAGGAGCUCGCCAUGCAGCAGGACGAGCUGGACGGCGCCGCGCAGAUGGAGACGUGGUUCCGCACAAAGUACACGAACCAACAGCUCUACGGCUGGAUGGAGACUCGGCUUCGGACCCUCUAUCACCAGGCCUACACCCUGGCCGUCAGCGCCGCGCGUCGGGCCGAGCAGUCGCUGUCCUUCGAGCAGGGCCGCUCCGUGUCGGUCCUCCGGUCGGGUGCGGGGUACUGGGACGCGACGCGCGACGGGCUCCUCGCCGCCGAGGACCUGUGGCUGGACCUGAAGCGCCUCGAGCAGCUCUCGGGCGAGGACGGCCCCGGCGCUCUAGAGAUCACAAAGGCGGUCUCGCUCCGCCAGAUCGCGCCCCUGGCCCUCGUCGACCUCCGCCACAAGGGCACCACCACCUUCUCCCUCACCGAGGCCCUGUUCGACAUAGACUUCCCAGGCCACUACAUGCGCCGCCUCCGCUCCGUGGCCGUCUCCAUCCCGACCGCCGCCGCCGCCGGCCCGCACGACGGCGUCAACGCCACGCUUACGCUGCAGAGCCACAAGUACCGCGUCUCGCCCACCGCCACCACAGGCGCCGAGUACACGGGCGCCGACCGGUCCGCGUUCCGCCACGACCGCGUGCCCAUCUCGUCCGUCGCCAUCAGCACGGGCUCCAAGGACGCGGGCGUGUUCGAGCUGUCCUUCUCCGGGUCGAGGUACAUGCCCUUCGAGGGCGCCGGCGCCGUGUCCACCUGGCGCCUUGACCUGCCCACCGAGAUGCCGCAGUUCGACCACGGGACCAUCGGCGACGUGUUGCUGCACCUGCAGUACACGGCGCAGGACGGCGGUGCGCGCCUGCGCAGGGCGGCGGGCGAGGCCGUCCAGAACCUCGCCAAGGCCGCGCGGGCCGAGGGCGCAGGGCCCGACGGCUUCUGGGGCUUCUGGGACCUCAGGAGCGACUUCGCCAAGGAGUGGCAGGACUUCUCGAAGAGGCUGCUGGAGACGCGCGGCGGAACGGCCGAGGGCGACGUGGGCGUGAAGCUGGGCAGCCUCAAGGACCGCCUGCCGUUCUGGUCCAGGCGGCAGCCGAAGCUGGCCGUGCGGUCCGUGGCGCUGGCGUCCAGGCACGCCGAGCUCGCCAGGGCGCUGAGCAUCAAGGGGGUCACGGACGGCAGUGGCGAGUCCGCGGCCGUCGGCGACUGCACCAUGGUGACGUGGUCGGGGCUGCAGGACGUCAAGAGCAUGGACGACUGGGAGGUCAAGGUUGUCGGCACCAAGGUCUUGGGCGACAAGGAGGACAAGGUUGAGGGUGUCUAUUUGCUGGUUAAUUAUGUCUUUGCCUAG